AUCCGUGGUUCAAAGGCAUUGAAUGGGACAAAUUGUAUCAUAUGAAAGCUGCAUUUAUUCCCGAGGUCAAUGAUGAAUUGGAUACUCCAAAUUUUGAGAAGUUUGAAGAGGCUGACAACCAAAUCCAAACUUCAUCUAAAGCAGGUCCAUGGAGAAAGAUGUUGUCAUCUAAGGAUAUCAACUUUGUUGGUUACACGUAUAAGAACUUUGAAAUUGUAAAUGAUCAUCAAUUACUCGGAAUCGGUAUCUACCUGCCUCUCUCUGUGGACACAUUUCUAUCUAAUCUUUUUACUUGAGCUUCCUUA